AUGUAUCCCGUGCUAAGCAUCUGUUCCUGGAAGGCAUUGCGAGCCACUGAAAAUGUCACCGCUACCAACACGACCAUGGUCAGAAACGUCGUUAAAACCGACAACGACCCACCGUUCAAUGGAUCCGAAUUUAGAGAAUUUGCUAACCAUUUAGGAUUCAAACAUCGAAAAAUAACCCCACUGUGGCCUCAAGCGAACGGAGAAGCAGAGAGAUUUAUGAAGACCAUAGGAAAGGCAAUAAGAGCAGCACAUAGCGAACAUCGGAGCUGCAAACAAGAACUUUACAACUUCCUUGGAAAUUAUAGAGCCACGCCUCAUUCGACUACCAAUGCGACUCCAACAGAAUUGCUGCUAGGACGAAAAUUAAAAACUCGUGUUCCAGAGAUCACCCCGCCAGCAGUGAAUAAGACAGUAAUCCAAGACAAUGACUGGAAACGAAAAGAACAAAUGAAACAAUAUGCUGAUGGAAAACGAAAGGCAACACAACAUAAAAUAAAGAUAGGAGAUCAAGUCCUGGUCAAACAACAGAAAACGGAUAAAUUAUCAACUCCGUACAAUCCACAGCCGUACACAGUAAUUAAACAACAUGCGUCCAUGGUUACUGCGAAAACGGAAGAUAAAGAAUAA